GAGAGUGAACGAUGCAGCGCCGCGUCUUGCUAACUCUGUUCCUCUGUGCGCUCUCCUCUUUCCAACAAGGAGAUGGACAGAGCGCGACGGAGAGACGAGGAAACGGAGAGAGAGACGAGAGAGGAGGAGGAGCGGGGGAGAAGAAGGAGAGGAUCCAGGUGACGUUCACUCCGAGCGUGUGUAAAGUGCGGUGCGCUCAGGGCCGCUGCGUGAACGUGUGCGACAGAGGAGACGUCACCACCGUCUACAGCAGCGACGGGACGGGACAGGACAGCGCCCCCUUCAGAGUGUUCCUGUGUCCGCUGCUGUGUAAGAACGGAGGGCUGUGUCUGCAGAAGGACCGCUGUCUGUGUCCUCCCAACUUCACCGGAAAGUUCUGCCAGAUCCCAGUGUCCCCGACGUCCUCCAACGCGUCCUCCGCCAGCCACGCCCACCACGCCCUCUCCUCCGAUCACAGCCCGCCGCCGUCUCCGCUCUCCGCCAAUCAGGAGCUCACGCACUCCGAGUUUGUCCUGCCCCUCGGACCCAACCAGGAAACUCAGAGCGCCGGGGCUCCCAGUCCUCCCAUGGUGAAGGUGCGAGUGCAGCACCCCCCAGAGGCCAGUGUCAAAGUGCAUCAGGUCCUGAAGGUGCGCUCUGGGGUCACCUCGGGGUCGGCGGGGUUUCCGGCCCCAGUGUCCAGGGGCGUCCAGGCUCAGACCGUCACAGGAGGCGGGACUUACACGCACCAAUCAGGCUUCAAGUACUGCUUCAGAGAGGUGCAACAGGGCCAGUGCAGUUCUCCUCUCCCCGGGCUCAGGAGCAGAGAAACAUGCUGCAGGGGCGUGGGAAAAGCCUGGGGCAUCAACGACUGUGAGCUCUGCCCAAACCGCACAGACAAAGGCGACAGCAGCUGUCCACUGGGAUAUGAGAGCGUCAACGGGACCAAGUGUGAAGACAUAAACGAGUGUGAGGAGCGGGGCCGCUGUGAGCACGGUCUGUGCGUGAACACUAGGGGGAGCUACAGCUGUGUGUGCAGUGAGGGCUUCAUCCUGGACGCCACCCACGGCCUCUGUAUCUCCCACAGAGUGAUUUCGGAGGAGAAGGGGCAGUGUUUCCGGGUGGUGUCUCCUCUCUCUUCUCCUUCUUCUUGCUCUCUGCCGAUCCUUCGCUCCAUCACCAAACAGAUCUGCUGCUGCAGUCGGGUGGGGAAGGCCUGGGGGGAGGAGUGUGAGCGCUGCCCGCCCUUCGGAUCAGCUGCGUUUAAGGAGAUCUGUCCUGCGGGUCCUGGAUACCAUUACUCCGCCUCAGCGCUGCAGUUCAACCAGAGAGCCAUAGAGCAGCUGGGCCACCGGGGGGCGCCACUGCUGCCAUCCAACGCCACACACAGAGACGCUGCAGGCUUCGGUCCUGGUUCUGGUCUGGUCCAAACAAGACCCAGUCCUCCUCAGUCCAACAGUCUCCCGAAUCCGUCUGAUCCGAGGAAACAGAGUCCACCUGAACCUCCAGAGUCCAGAGUGAGACCAGGAUCAGGACCUGCCUCUCCUCAGAGCAGUCAGAGACAAGGCCAUGGCUCCUCCUCCUCCUCCUCUGUCUCCUCCUCCUCUGUCUCCUCCUCCUCUGUCUCCUCCUCAUCUUUGCCCACGUCUCGGGACAAACCUCAGAAUCCAAGACCAUCUCCUCCAGGACAAGGAGUCGUCCGCGCGCCUUCCCGACCCGAGCAGGCAAGGCCCCGCCCCCAGAGCCCCGUCACCACGACAACCACGAGGCGCCCGACCACCACGUCCACGCGGCCCCCCAGAGUCCCCAGUGCAGUGGGGGCGUGUCAGGCCAGACCAGGUGUAUGUGGGCGGGGCCUGUGCGUGAAUCAGCCAUUGGGGAGGCACAGCUGUGUGUGUCACUAUGGAUACGAGCUCAACGCGCUCAACACCAGCUGUCAAGACACGGACGAGUGUAGACGGAGCCCCUGUGGUCCUCACGCUCGCUGUGAGAACAACCCCGGCAGCUACAGGUGUGUCUGUCACCAUGGAUACAAGCUCCGAGGACUCACCUGCACAGACGUGGACGAGUGUGAGGACCCUCUGCUGUGUCCGGGACAGGAGUGUGUGAACUCUGCAGGGUCCUACAGCUGUGUGACCUGUAGGGCGGGGUUUGGACUACUGCACCGACGCUGUACAGACAUCGAUGAGUGUCGUCAGGCGCCCUGCACCAACGGACACUGUGAAAACACUCCAGGAAGUUACCGCUGCAUCUGUCGCCACGGAUACCGCCUCAGCAACAACACCUGCUCAGACAUAGAUGAGUGUGCUGACCCGUCUCAGUGCCCAGGACAGAUGUGUGUGAACUCUGUGGGCUCGUACAGAUGUGUGUCCUGUCGCCAUGGAUACAGACUCCACAACAGACAGUGCAUCGACAUAGACGAGUGCGAGGAGAGGAGGCCGUGUCCUGGACAGAAGUGUGUGAACUCUGAAGGAUCCUACAGCUGUGUGUCCUGCUCAGAAGGAUACAGCUCUGUCAACGGAGUCUGCACCGACAUAGAUGAGUGUGCUGACCCGUCUCAGUGCCCGGGACAAACUUGUGUGAACUCUGUGGGCUCGUACAGAUGUGUGUCCUGUCGCCAUGGAUACAGCGUCCGCGACGGCUCCUGUCAUGACGUAGACGAGUGUCAGGAGUCUGGCUCGUGUCCGUCUCACUCUCAGUGUGUGAACACUCUGGGCUCCUUCAGAUGUGACUGUGCUCCAGGAUACAGACCAGGCCCGGGACGCUCCUGUGCAGACAUAGACGAGUGCCUGCAGGGGGCGCUGUGCUCUGGAGGAGACUGUUUAAACACUCCAGGCUCCUUCAGCUGUGUGUGUGCGCAGGGCUACAGCCUGAGCCACAACAAGACGCUCUGCAACGACAUAGACGAGUGCCUGAGGUCGGGGGUGUGUGAAGGUGGUCACUGUGUGAACUCUCAGGGCUCCUAUCACUGUGUGUGUGACCGAGGCUACAGCCCGAGCCCCGAGAGGAGCCACUGUCUGGAUGUGGAUGAGUGCGUGUCGUCUCGGGGUUCUGUCUGUGGAGCUCAGCGCUGUGAAAACACCAUCGGCUCUUUCCGCUGCCUCAGCUCCUGUCAGCCCGGAUUCACCGUGUCCCCCACCGGAGAGUGUGUGGCAUCAGCGUCUUCCUCGGACCACUCCUCCUCUUCAGGCUCCUCCCCCUCUGCUAGAGGCUCCUCCCACUCCACUUCAGGCUCCUCCCCCUCUGCUAGAGGCUCCUCCCACUCCACUUCAAGCUCCUCCCCCUCUGCUAGAGGCUCCUCGCACUCCUCUUCAGGCUCCUCCCCCUCUGCUAGGGGCUCCUCCCACUCCUCAACAGACUCCUCCCACUCCUCUUCUAGCUCCUCCCCAUCUGCUAGAGGCUCCUCAACAGACUCCUCCCACUCCCCUUCCAGCUCCUCCCCCUCUGCUGGAGGCUCCUCCCACUCCUCUACGGGAUCUUCCUCCUCCCCAGACGUCUCCUCACAUUCUGGCUCCUCCCGCUUCUCUACAGGAUCCUCCCACUCCUCUUCAGUCUCUCACACCUCAGGCUCCUCCCCCUCUGUUGGUUCUUCUGUUUCUCGCUCCUCUCCCUCCUCCCCUCUCCCAGACGCCUCCUCUCUCUCCCCAGACGCCUCCUCUCUGCCCUUCUCCUCUCUGCCCCCUGGUGUCCGUGGCGAGCUCCGCGAGUGUUACUAUGACCUGGAGAGUGGCGUUUGCAGCGUUCUCUCGUCCAAUACGACCGCUCAGGAGUGCUGCUGUACCGAGGGGCGGGGCUGGGGGCGGGGCUGCGUCUACCACACCUGUCCCCUCCCACACACAGACGAGUUCCAGAGUCUGUGUCCAAACGGCCGAGGAUAUGUGACCACCGGACCAGGAGCCUCCGACUACAGAGAUGUGGAUGAGUGUAAGCGUUUUGGUCCUGAGGUUUGUAAGAGCGGCGUCUGUGUGAACAACAUCCCCGGCUUCAACUGCUACUGCUCCAGUGGAUACACCUACAACCGCACCCUGCUGGAGUGUGCGGAUCAUGACGAGUGUGAGGAGGAGAGCUGCUCUGGGGGUCUCUGUGUCAACACUCAAGGCUCGUUCUACUGCAGCUGCCCCCACCCUCUGGUCCUGGAUGAAACCCAACGCAACUGUGUCAACGACACACAACCAACCCUGGAUGAGAAUGUCUCCCUCUGCUGGCAGCAUGUGAGCGCUGACCUCUUGUGUCAGUCUCUUCUUCUCGGGGCUCAGCUCAGCUUCAGUGACUGCUGCUGUUUGUACGGAGACGGCUGGGGCCUGGAGUGUGCGCUGUGCCCCCGGCCUGAUACUGAGGACUACGCCCGUCUGUGCAGCACAGUGCACUCUCCACUUUACCCUGAGCCUUUCCCAGACCUCGGGACCAGACCAGGAUCUAGAGCUGAACCUCCCAGAGAAGGACUCACAGUGCCGUACUUCCCUCCCUUCUCCUCAGAGCUGUAUCCUCCGGCUCUGGACUAUGACGACUCCGCUCCUGUGGGGGGCAGCAGAGGGCGGUACGACCCUGGAUAUGGCCCUCCGUACGGAGGAGGAUACUUCCCAGAACCAGACUACAAUCCCGAUUCUCCUUAUAGUCCAGAUGGGUCCAGGUUUAGUCCAGAUGGGUCCAGGUUUAGUCCGGAUGGAUCCAGGUUUAGUCCGGACGGGUCCAGGUUUAGUCCGGACGGGUCCAGCUUUAGUCCAGAUGGGUCCAGGUUUAGUACGGACAGGUCCAGAUUUAGUCCGGAUGGGUCCAGGUUUAGUUCGGACUCCAGACCCUUCCUCGUCCCUCCUGACCCCAGAUCUGAGGAGGCCUUCGAGGUCCAGACUCCGCCCGCUUCAGACGGGUUCUACCCAGAAACCAGAGAAGAGGACUGGAGAAGAUUCCCCCCAUUCACCAGACCUGGACCAAGAAGAGUCUACGACAGGCGUUUCGAGGCGGUGGAGGAGGACUGUGGGAUCGUUGACGGUUGUGUGAACGGUCGGUGCAUCCGCGUCGCCGAGGGUUACACCUGCGACUGUUACCAUGGAUACGAGCUGGACCUGACCGCCAUGACCUGCACAGACGUAAACGAGUGCGAGGGCGGCGUGCGGCUGGAGUUUCCCUGUAUAAACGCUCGCUGUGUGAACACGGAGGGAUCUUACCGCUGCGUGUGUCGCCGCGGAUACGUCCUGUCCAACCGCCCCAACUACUGCGUGUCCGCCUGAGCCACAGCGCCCCCUGCAGCUCACAGACCAAACUACUGUGCCACCGCAUAAUCACCAAGUCCCAUUUUGCCCACAGACGCUAAAAGGAUGUGAGAAUGCUAGCUGCUAGCUUAGCCUGGGAACAUUUCCGUCACGUCAGAUCAGAGUUUAGUUCUGAAGCAGCCAUGUUGUUUGUCUGACGGACCCUGCGCUUCUCUGAUUGGCUCGUCCACCCGUCAAUCACACCCUGAACCCCACACGACACAGUUUUGUAGUUUUCUUUGACUGUAAUCUAGAGACAGCCACCGGGGGGAGACACUGAGAUGUAGGGCACAGUUAAUGCCCCACAGACAAAGGAUCACGCUCAUCUAAAUGUGCAGAGACUGGGGCCCAGACUUCACCACCAGGGGGAGCUGCAGGAUCCUUUUCUCACAAACAGCAUGCGCCCCUUCUGGUUUCACACGGUACUGCAGCUACUUUCAAAACAAACACAACAGGAUUCACUCCAAACCAAAACCAAACGUGUAAACGACACAUUUUUCUGACCCACGCGAGGGCAGAGGGGCUUUAACGGCGUCACGGGCAGUUUAUUCAGGUGAAAAGCUACGCAAUACGGCUUUAAAACACCAGCAGAAACUAAGAUGUGCCUUUAAUGUUGUGUAAAAAUGUAAUUUGUUUUUGUUUAUUAUUACCAUGCACUGUGGAGUUUAUCACUGUUUAUUCCAAUGAAAUUAAUGAUAUUUGCACAAGUUUCAUGAGAACAAC